AUGGUGCUGCUCAGUCCAUCGAUUAGAGCACUUAUGUCUAUGUUGCAAAUUUGUGAGUCAUACGCUGUGGCUCAUGGACUCAGGUACAAUGUUUCGAAGAGCGAGCUGAUGGCAUUUAAGGCAGGUGCUAAGUGUUACAAUAUUAUACCUAAUCUAACACUUUGCGGCGCUCCUUUAAAAAUAGUUUCGAAAUUUAAGUACUUGGGUCACUGGGUCACGGAUGACCUGUCUGACAAUAGCGACACCGAGAGGGAGCGUAGGUCGUUGGCUGUUCGUUGUAACAUGUUGGCCCGCAGGUUUGCACGCUGUACGAGACAAGUAAAGAUUACACUGUUUAAAUCUUAUUGUCAGUCCUUUUACACGUGCAGUCUGUGGGUCAACUAUACGCAGAGGACAUACAACGGCCUGCGCGUGCAAUACAACAACGCGUUCCGGGUGUUGCUGGGGCUGCCGCGCUAUUGUAGCGCCUCGGGGAUGUUUGCGGAGUCGCAUACAGACGGGUUUGCAGCCAUUAUGCGCAAGAGGUGUCCCUCGAUGCUAAGCCGCUUGCGCGGCAGCCCCAACCGCAUCCUGAGCGCGUUGUCUGCACGCUGGGACUCGCCGAUGUUCGCACACUGGAUGCGACUUCAUAGCAUACCAUCAGUCGCCUAG